GACAUGCUGCGUCGGCCAAUACCGGUCCGGCGGCAUGGGCGACUUUAUCAGCAGCGAUUAGGAACUUUCCGUCUUGUAACAAAGAUCACAGCGCGUCAUCUGUCCCGGUCCCUGCGUCCCUCCUCUCCGCACCUUCAACUGGGGCGCUCCACGCUGUUUCGUCCUAAAACUGGGCAGUAUGACUGUACAAUGAAGCGCCCACUGGAGCCAGCGCACCCCGUUUAAACUGGAAACUCUUACUCAUAUCAUUCGCCGGGCCAGCAGGUGCUCCAACCGCUUGACCUGACGUCUCCGCCGUCCUUGCGACCUGCCAUCUCAGUGCUCCACGUCUUUCGCGCUCACAAACCCGCCACUAUUCUAUGAUACUUUGUCAAAUCUUUGUACCCAUGCUGUCUAUCGCAACAAUCUGUUACAACCAUGCCCAUCUUUCAUGAUCCCCAUGACAGUCCGCCAACAUCGUCAUUCUUGCCCCGGACCUUGGCCACCGGCUUUGAAUUACCGCAUACUCCGGGAUUUGCUGUAGGAAGAAAUAUGGAAUCCGACAUGCAGCCAGAAUCGCCGAAAGCCGACGUGUUACAGGAUAUGGACCCUGGGUCGCCCGGCCAAAUGCGCAAGCCGCCCAUGUUUGGACGGAAGGACUGGAUGGAGAGGAUCAAACGAACGAACAGUCCAUCGUGGCUGCAGCGGCAAGGUGGCGAUUCCGUAACUGAGCGCGACUCCUCAACCCGACCGACAUCACGAGACCGACCGACUACACCUCAAGCUUCAUCCACCGAGCUGCAAAGCUCCCGUAUCUCCACCCCGGAACAUCUCCGUGACCCUGCAGCGGUAGGCCUGGAUAUCGAGCGUCCACGAUCGGCAUUACACUCUGGAGAUUUUAGAGAGAAGAGAGCGGGCACGACCUCGGAGAAUGACUCCUCAUCUUCAGGCUUCCUAGCGACUUCGCCGGUGGUGCCUUGGAACCGCUCGUUCCCAUCUGCUGCUUAUACCUCGAACCGCAAUGACGUCUCGUACCCAGUGUCACACCACCCAGAUGCCCGAAUACCCACUCGAGCGCGAGCGAUAUCGCAAUCAUCACAGUCACCGUUUAGCUCAUUUGCAUUUCUACCGCCCACAAGCCCGCUUGUCCAGCAAGCAAACAACACAGACUUGGACUUCUCUUCUAGGCCAGGCUCGCGGCAAGGGUCCCGAAGUCCCGACAGAAAUAGUCGCCGGCAUACCUACUCUCCUGCAUCCUUUCAUGAUUACCAGUCCACCCAAAUGGCGCGAUCCGCCACGGGAACUCCGGCAGCUCGACACAUUCGCCACAGUGGUUCAAUGCCAUACCAGGCACACCAACCGCGACGAUCAAUGACGUUCAAUCAGUCUGAGCCUCAAUCUCAGUCGCAAACACCGUUCCUACACGCUCGGCGCCCCUCCUUUUCCUCGGAAGCAUCUCCGUUGCAACACGCCCCCAUGGUUGGUUCAUACGAGGAGUCUAUACUUCGUGGGCGUAUGUCUACUACGCCUUCGCGGCCUCUUGAUUUCGUCGCCAAGAUUGGUGUACUCGGCAAGGGACAAUGCAAGUCAAGCCUCAAGUGUCCACCCCAUGUUACGGUCCCCUUUCCUGCCGUAUUUUACAGCUACAACACCGGUAACGGCAGGAUCUCAGAUAAUGAGCCGAGCCCUUAUGUUGGGCACAUUGACCUGGAAAAUACUUUGUCAGCGCCAGAUGAAAGCAGCGAAGCUGGUAAACGCAAGCGACGACAUGUGGUGCCAGUCCCCGAACAAGACGAUCUUGAUUUCAAGCUUAAUCUUGGAGAAGAGGAGAAUGGGCAAAGCGUGAAGGGAGAUCUUCGCCGUAAAGAAAAGAAGAAGCGACGAUCGACGUCUCCCAAGGCACCUCCAGGGGGAUGUUACCGCAUACCGCCGCAGGGCCAACUACAGAUUGUGCUGAAGAACCCAAACAAAACCGCAGUGAAGCUCUUUCUCGUUCCAUACGACAUAUCGGAUAUGGAGCCAGGCCAGAAGACCUUUAUCAGACAGCGCAGCUACUCUGCUGGACCCAUUAUCGAUAUGCCCGCAUCUUCACGGAAGAACCUCGGAACUGACCGUCCAGAGGCUGCUCUCAGCAACUCAGACGAUCCGAACGACCGACCUAUCCUGCGUUACCUCAUACACUUGCACAUAUGCUGUCCUUCAAAGGGUCGUCAUUACUUGUACAAAAGCAUACGGGUCGUUUUUGCGAAUAGAGUACCGGACGGCAAAGAAAAGUUGAGGAACGAGAUCCAGCAGCCAGAGCCUAGAUACAGCACGUACAAGCCGACGAGAGAUGCAGCAUCGAUACAAAAGGCACAAUUAGCGGGAGCCCAGCCCGCUACGGACAAGGCUUUCCGUCGGCGCAGCGCUGGAUGGCCACUUUCUCAAUCUCAACAGGCAUACGAUCAGCUCGAUGGAUUAAGGCAGCACACCCCAUUACCCCCGCCAGCCGUCAAGUUCACUGGUGGUACCACCCACUCUUCAGCCUCAAGCAGCUUCAACUCGCCUAUGCCGGAAUUACAGCCCAUACCUUUCACCAUUGGCAGGCUGGCUGCAAUCGAUUCACGGCCUAUGUCUCACGAUUGCAUGGAUAUUGAUCCGAAGAGCCCCUUCAGAACACCCAUCACUUCGCCGCGAGCUGGCGUUAGUAGUCCAAAAAGUCAAAGCGAUGGUACCUUUGAGAAGCUCAGUAAAGGCGAUAUUGGAUAUGGCGGUAAUGCUUUCUCGCCACUCGGUAGCCCAUCCGCUCCGCCUAAUGCCGGUCUAUUAUCACAACGGUUGCGCGGUUUGGAUGUUCAGCGCGAUGAGGAGGAGUAAGCGUUUCUCAUUUACAGGAGUUUGGACAAUCCUUAUGUGAUCUGUUUGUGUUGAAUACCCCAUCGUCUGUAGUUCUUUUUCUGGCGUUAUAUACUGACCCUGUUGGACGUGGCCCUUGAACCACAGCGUCUUCCAUGUUCUUUUGUGCUAGAUACUACAAAUGAGAUGAAUGCAUCAAUUUACCAUACUUCCGGAACCGUACAGCCGAUGCGUGCGAUGACGCUUGCCGAACUUGUGGCUGUAGGGCUUAGCGUAGUUGCGCUCAGAGGCUCGCGAAGAGUGACGUCGGCGAUAAUUUGGCUAGAGCCGAGCUCUCGUCGGC